CAAGCAAACAAGCAAGCAACGCGGUGGAGAAAACUACAACACGAGAUAAUGUUCUUCCGACGGAGGUGGUGGUGGCGGCAUCGUCGUCGUCUUCUUCAGUGGUCAGUGGUGGCGAUGGCGGGCACGGGCUGAAGAUUCCCCCGCUCCAUCCCCUCCUCCUCAAAGUGCACGCGCUCCGCUCUCAUUCGUCCACUCACCAAGCAAUCGGGGCCCCGUCCUUCUGGAGCGAUGGUUUUGGCUUUUUCCAGCGUUUUCAUGCUGCGCUUUCGCUUUUUUUUAUCACCUUGUGGGAUAGUAUAAGACCCCAUCUCUCGGUGUCUGGGGAAGGGUGUUGCCGAAGGUGUCUGGGUUGCGGUGAGGGUGGAACCAUGGCAGGAUCAGCUACAGCAAUGCCCCGAUUGUUUUUUUGCGCUUGGGUUUGCGCUUUUGUGCCGUUGGCUCGUGUUCUGGGAGCUCCCAAUGGUGCUGCGGUGGAGUCUGUCCCUGGCUUCUCAGGCGAUCUGCCGUCUCGGCACUUCGCAGGGUAUGUGUCAGUGAACGACACCAAUGGAAGGGAGCUUUUCUAUUACUUUGUGGAGUCGGAGGGCAGUCCUGCUACUGACCCUGUCGUGCUAUGGCUCAAUGGCGGUCCUGGUUGCUCCAGUUUCGACGGGUUCGUCUACGAGCAUGGACCUUUCAAAUUCGAGGCUGCUGCUGACUCCGACAGCCUGCCGAAGCUCACACUGAAUCCUUACGCCUGGUCCAAGGCUGCGAACAUACUGUAUCUAGAUUCACCAGCAGGAGUUGGGUUCUCUUACUCUCAGACGCCUACCGAUUAUAUCACUGGAGACCUUCAAACAGCAUUGGAUACGCAUGCCUUUCUGCUGAAGUGGUUUCAAGCCUAUCCGGAAUACCAGUCAAAUCCAUUCUUCAUUUCUGGCGAAUCGUACGCCGGCAUUUACGUCCCAACGCUGAGUCGUAACGUCGCACAUGGAAUUAAAGCUGGAGUGAAACCUGUGAUAAAUUUCAAGGGUUAUUUGGUGGGUAAUGGCUGCACAGACGACCAGUUUGAUGGGGAUGCCAUUGUCCCAUUCAUUUAUGGCAUGGGUCUCAUUUCGGUGGACAUGUAUAAGAGCGCACAAAAGGCUUGCAAUGGAUCGUAUUGGAACGCUUCAGACCCAACGUGCCUUGCCAAGCUCAACGACAUCUAUAAUGAUGUUGAGGAAGUCAACAUAUAUGAUAUUCUGGAGCCCUGCUACUAUCCUGAUUCAGAGAGCGAUUCGUCUCGAUAUCACUCCAGGUUGCCUCAAAGUUUCCGCAGAUUGGGUGAAACCAAGGGGCCCCACAAAAUCCGAAAACGCCAGUUUGGUCGAGCAUACCCUCUGCGACUACCCCUACGAGCAGGACGUGUUCCUACCUGGCCUAGUCUUUCUCAUGCAUUGUUCGACUCUGAAAACGUACCAUGCACGGAUGAUCGUAUUGCUGGUACUUGGCUUAACAACGCUGAAGUUAGAGCUGCACUUCAUGCUAAACCGGCUGCUGACAUUGGCCCCUGGGAUCUCUGCACGGACAAUAUCAUAUUCUAUCACGAUGCUGGCAGCAUGAUACCAAUCCACCGGGAGCUUACAACAAGCGGCUACCGGGCUCUAAUCUACAGUGGUGAUCACGACAUGUGUGUGCCCUAUACCGGAUCGGAGGCUUGGACAUCAUCUAUGGGUUACGAGGUCACCGAUCAAUGGAGAGCUUGGUUUGUUGGACGUCAAGUUGCAGGGUUUACUCAAGGAUAUGCUAACAACUUGACGUUUGCUACUAUCAAGGGAUCAGGGCACACUGUUCCAGAGUACAAACCAGCGGAAGCACUGGCAUUCUUUCAGCGCUUCCUUUCAGCACAGCCUUUAUAAAUAUGGCGCAGUUCAGAGCAAGUUUUCCAAAAGCUGCACCUAAGUGCAACCGAAUUGAAUCUUUGCUGCAGGGAGUCAUUUUGAUAUGCUCUUAUCCUUGUGCACUUGUUCCAGUUAAAGGUUGUCGCAGGUAAAGUUCCUCAGCUGCUAUGACAUAGAAACUGUUCUCUUCAGAUAGAUGGUGUAGAAUUUGUGGAGUGAAUUCUUUUGAAGAAUGCUCAUUCUUUUCAUGGGUUUAGAGCAACUAUUCGAAUCCUCUUUUGGAGCAGUCGAAGGUAUGAUUUUCUCUUAAUGUUUAUAUUUUAUGUUCUCAAGUAAUAAAGUAGUUUUCGUGAAUGUGAUUU